UUUCGAUUUGACGUUUUUGACUUUGACAUUUUGUUAUACACAAAUUAAUAAUAAUCUUUAAAAAAUUGUCCACGUUUUUUGAUAUACAAAUAUCUAUAGCUCCGUUUGCAAUAAUACAUAAUGGUAGAUACAUCGAAAUUAGUGAGAUACACGUCUCCGGUGAACCCCGCUGUGUUUCCGCAUUUAACUCUAGUUUUAUUGGGGAUCGGUAUAUUUUUUACGGCUUGGUUUUUCGUAUACGAAGUGACCAGUACGAAGAAAACGAGAAGUUUACGAAAAGAAUUAAUGGUGGCACUGGUAGCUUCAAUUUUUUCGGGUUUCGGCAUAUUAUUUUUACUAUUAUCGGUUGGUAUAUACGUUUAAGUGUCAAAUAUUUUUUCGUUUUAUAUAUGUUUUCUUUUAAUACAUCGUUUUAACAUUAUUUUUUGGGUUUC